CUGGGUUUUUCACUACGUGAUGUCGAAUUCGAAGGACACAGAAGUGGAGCAUGACGAUUGGAAUCACUUAGCACAGCUGGCUAGAGUGCCCAGUCAUGCCGAAAUCAUGUCAAACCGACGUCCCGUCGUAAUGCCAACAAGAGGAGGCAUGAAGGACUUCCGUACCGACGGCUCCGCUCGCCAGCGUCGCAAACUCAACGCGUUCUACGAAGCCAGUCGCGAGCUCUUCACAGAAGAACAUUCCGUGAACAAGAAAUCGUUGUCGAUAGCUGAAUGGGUUCCCAACAGAGGUUAUGCAGAGGUUAAAAUAGCGAAGGGCAGCUGCUGGCGAUGGAUUGGUCGCUCUAUUGACGGGCAGCUCACUCUGUGGCCGGAGGAGGCGCUUUUCCUGCUAGAAACGGGUCAUCUUGAGUUAUACUACUGUGGCUUGCCUCUACCUAUUCAGCAGGGAUUCCAUUUGCUGACACAUGGAACUUUGACUUCCAUAGAAUAUCAGGUUUAUUCCAUGUUAGUGAGAUCAGGCCUCAUUGUAUACAGAAGUGAGAAAAGGAAGUCUGUGAUGUUACACAGUGAUGAUUCCUUUGCUACAGAGAGCCAAGAUCAGGAAUCAUCAAUUAACAGCACUAAAUUUCAAUCAACGUCAGAAGACAUACAACAAUGUUCAUUGUCAUCUGAUGCAAAAAAUACUUUUAGUGUUGGAGAAGUUGAUAUUUGCAAGGGCCAGUCUUCUGUGAGAAAACGACAACGAGAAAGCGAUGAAACGACACACCUAGUUUCUAAGAAGCCAAGGAUUGCCAACAUUUGUAAAAAAGGAGGAUUGAUUGACUCAUUAAUAGUCACUGCAGCCCGAGGCAGCAUGUUGUUGUUGGCUGCUGAUGCAGCACAAGGAGAUGCCAUAGCAAAGGAUUCAUUACAACAGUGGAUGGGCGGAAGAUUGCAUAUCAGACGGGAUCUACCAGUUGUAUCUCCUUUGGAUGCUACAUCGACAGGUUCUAUUUUGAAAAAAUUGAAGAUAUUUCAUAAUUAUGUGUCAGCUGAUAUCCCAAAUAGCUUGAAAUCACGAUUUUCAAUUUCAUUUGAUGUUUACAAACACUGCUCUAAGUUUCGGAAGACAGAACCUGGUAGACCUGAUUACCAUGUAGUCGUUUCAAAGAGCUCUGAUCCUCCUCCAUUCUUGUCGGAGAUCAAUGUAAUCAAUAAGAUGGCAAAUGGCAUUCCAGUGAAAUGGGCUAUGGUCGAGUCCGGAAAUGUAUCAUUUUAUGACUUCAUGGACUUACAGUUACCUUCAGUUGUGUCAAAUGGGUAGGUGGAGAAGUAUGAUUGUGCUAUACAUGUAUGCCGGACUUUGCAUAAUAGACAGCAGAUGUAUAAGUAUCAACAAAUUCUUCUGAAAUUACAAUUUUUGACACAAUUGUAUCUACUUGAAUUAUUGUAUCAUACUUUAUUUAGUUUGGACAUCAUAACAAAUUAUUUUGCAAGAUCUACCUUAUUAAUUACGAUGUAAACUCUUGUAGAUGCAUUGGCCUAAGAUUUAGCUUUUAACUGUUUUCAUACAGAACUUGCAAAUUGU